CGGAAUAAUAUAGCGAAAAAAAGACGGUUCAACUAUCAAGGCUGUGCUGACAACGAACUCCCAAUAUUGUUCCCCGUAUCAUAGGUCUGUAGCUAGAUCCGGAGUUCCGUGUUCUGCAUAGGAUUAGUGUUUUCCUGCCUGUUUUUUGUUUCCUCCGUUUUUGCGCUGUUUUUGCGUUGUUAUUGUUUACCAGCUGACAAUUGUAGUGCUAGAAAUGGACCUCCCGGAGGAACCAGCACUGGAGUUGGAUCGUCCAGCAGCAGUAGCAGCAGUAGCAGCAGCUACGACAACAGGGAUGGUUGUGAUCUGUCGGGUUUGUUUGUCCACCCGCCAGCACAUGAUUUCCAUUCACAGUACCGUGCCGGAGUACGAUCAGAAGACGCUGUACGCGAUGCUGCUAUCCGUCUGUCGGCCAUUGAAUGAGCGCGAAAAGGUUCCGGGCCUACCGGAGCAGAUCUGCCGCAACUGCAAGUGGAAGCUGCUGUCAGCGUACGAUCUGUACGAGACAACCCUGGCGAGUGAUGAUCAGCUAAGACAAGGCGUACUCGACGUGCAGGAUGAGAGAACGGGAAACGACGGGCCGUUGCCGUCAGAGGUAGUAACAACAAGUUUGAAAAGACCGUUCAGUAGCAUGGUUGACAAUCAACAGUUGGAGCAGACAGGGAAAAAGAUCAAUUUGGACCGCGUAAAGAAAGAAAUACCCGACGAUGCGUUUGAAGACUCUUUGAGUGAAAGUAAAAUCAACGAGACUACGGACACCCUUGAUGAUGCUGCGGUAGAUACAACGAUAGAAGGUGACGCAGAGGAUCGAACCGACCAGUCGUUCGCUGGUGGAGUAGACGAAUCGAAGGACGAUCCGAAUCAGGAGUCAUUGGAAGCAUUCUUUGAGGAGCACUAUGAAUUAGAUACGACCACGAACAAUCACGUGUGCGGCCUGUGCAAGCAAGAAUUUGCCUACAAGAGCCAGUGCCGCAUGCAUAUUAUCCAGAAGCACAAUCCGGCCAAACCGUUCAAGUGCGAAGUGUGCUUCUGCACUCUGACUAGCCACCAUCGGUUGGUUCGGCAUAAUAUCAUGACGCACGGCGUUGGUCAGAUCAAGCAAGGAGAUGUCAUAAAGUCACCGCACGGCAGUAACGGCGAGGUAACGUAUACGUGUCCGAUCUGUCGAAAGGUUUUUAACUCGAAUGUGCGUUUCAAGCGCCACAAGAACGUACAUGUCGCACAUAAUCGUCCAUUCAAGUGCGACGUGUGCCUGUACCGGUUCGCAACUAGACCGCAGUUGACCCAGCACGCCAAAGUGCACGAAUCAAAGUCACCGUCGACCGGGGAAUCUCCCGGACCGGACACCACCAGCGGGUGGUAUGGGUGUGAUCGGUGCGAAGAAAUGUUCCCGGGCAAACGGGCACGCACAAUGCACAUGAAGAAGGUCCAUCAGGUGUAUCAAAUGCCGAGCAGCGGCGGCCAGCGGUCCGACGAUCGCGAGAAGACCGACUACACGUGCAUCAUCUGCAACAAAUCGUUCGAGCGCGAAACCGUGCUAAAUACACACAUGAAGAUGCACGAGCUACUGGCGGCCGAGAAGGAAAAGGAAAAGCGGCUCGAUCUCGAGAAGCUGGUAAAACAAGAGCUUCAGCAGCAGAUGAAACUGAACGUGCCGCCCCUUCCGCCACUCUCACCCGAGAUUGUCGAUAAGUCCAACCACGUUCUGGAACCGUUCGUACUUGGGUUAGUACCGGUCGCCAAAGCCGGUACCACAACAAAUAGCAGCAAUACCAACAACAACAGUGCUACGAGUGUGAACAACAAUUCCGAUACAACGUCGGCGGGCCCUUCUGCAGUGAUCCCGCAACAGGAGGAAGCACCCAAGAGUGACAUUGCGUUCAUGUGCAUUAUCUGCGAGAAGGAGUUCGACAAACGGGAGCUGCUAAAAAAGCACCAGAAGGACGCGCACCCCAAACUGAACGUCGACAUUGUAUCGCCCAAGAUGGGGCGUGGGAAUGUUGGCGGAAACAAGGUUCCUGGCAGAUCCAUGAAGCCAUUCUUACCACGGCUGACAGCAAAACCCGGCUUGAAUGUGCGACUCUUGAACGGUUCCGUUAAACAAAGCAGCAAGUCGUCAACGGAAACAUCGAUGGAAUAUACUGGAGACUCAGAAUCCCUCGAUCACGAAAAUGAUAGCAGCAACAUGCAACCCGGAGCCGACAAUGGAUCCCAGGGGGAUAAAUUGACCCCCCUUCGGUGCGAGCUGUGUCACAAGACGUUUUCCUACAAGUGCUACUUGUCGAUGCACAUGCGAAAAAAUCACGACAAAUCGAAACCGUACGCAUGUAAAGUUUGCCAUUACCGAUUCGGGUACCGCGGUACAUUGCAGAAGCAUCAGCUAAUACAUUCGUCGCAGAACGUGCAACCUGGCGGGCACGGAUCCAUAAUUUUCAAGUGCCGUAUCUGUUCGGCGAAAUUUCUCGAACUGAAGCAACUGAACAUUCACCUGAAGUCCCACCGAAAGCCGACCGACGAUCCAAACCGGAAGGUGCAGCUCAUCCAGUGUCAAGAGUGUUCCCAGAUUUUCAGCGAUCGUACCCAGUACCGGCAGCAUAUGGAGGAUGAGCAUGACCAGGAAAUGCUGGUUGAUCGAGAGCCACGAUCGUCCCACCACCCUAACGACGGGGACGAAUUUCAUCCGGAGCGUCUGUUGUCGGAACAAGGGCGACUAGUUGGUUCUUCGUCAUCAUUGCGACUCGGAGGACGUAGCUCAGCAUCUUCGCUUGCUGAUCUCAAGCUGCAGCCAGAAUUAAGGGACGAGGAGGCCGAAUCGUUUCUCAACGAUCUGUCGAUCAUAAAGGUCGAGUCAAAUUUUGAGUGAAAUGGAACUAAAAAUUAACUUCACGUCUGUUUGAGAAUCAAAGGGAUUUCUCCAUUUUUAAACAUUAAAUUUCUUUUCUUUAUGUAAGGGUGCGUAGAAUUUAGUCCGGUCUAUUCGUAUAGACAAUAUUAACAGGAAGGUGUAAAUUUGUGUAAACAAACAAAUUCUUCUAGACUCAUUGUCCGAUCAUACAAUGUUGACCAAAUAAAAAAACAUAUACAAAAUUGAAUGAAAGCGAGCGAACAAUUGAAGUUCAUUCCGGGCGUUUUGGCCGUUUUCCAGACACUUUCGCAAUAAAUCACCAUAAGGUUACGUUUUGGUUCACCAAAGAGUACUUACACCUUCGAAUGUUCAAUUUAAAGUUAAGGCCAAGAGCGCAUGCACUUUAGUUAUGUUUGCUAUUUUAGUUUCUCUUAGUUUAAACUUCCAUUCGUCUUCUUUUUUAAACAAUAUAACUAGCAAUCAAAACUGCUUUACUUUAUGUGCUUUUAUAUCGUCUUUGUAG